AUGAAAGCCCAAAGAGCGAGGUGGGCCCAGUGGCUGUUGGGGGUGGGAUGGAGCAUUUUGAUGCGCAGAGUUCGGAUCGAAGUUCUACUUUCAGUCUUCAAUAUUUCUGUUACAUUCUCAUCGUUCUUUCCAUAUGCUCUAUCAUCUUAUCUCUCUCUUGGAGUCAUUGUUGCAGCCAGUGCCAUUCACCAUACCAAGUAA